AUGCCGCUCAGCGUCUCCAACGUCGCGAACCUCUUCGUUAGGAUGCGCCGCCACCGCUCGAAAGCAAAGGCCCAUCACAUAGAGUCUACCUCAGGCGACGCGCCACAGACGCACACCGCGCUUCACGGCGUGGUGUCUGCGGAGACGGAGAAGAUCCACCUCGAACAGGACGAGACCUUCAUCUGUCGCGACGGUGUUGACACCACCAAGCUGCUGCGCGCGGUCCGUGGCGCACUGUACCAGAAGGCGCAGACGUACGGUGCGAACGUUCUAGUUGAUGAGCAGUGGACGUGCACGAUCUGCGGGCCUAGGCACCGGUCCGACGGUUCGUUCAAGGUCUAUGUCCACUAUACGGCUUCAGCAGCGCGUUCAGACACGCUGGACCCACAGCGGCCAGUGGCGCUCGACAAGGCGCGAAGCGUACCCGGGCUCAUGACGAUCAUCAGCAGACUGGAGUAA